AUGAAGCCCCGUGAUAUCUCUCAAAGCCAGCUGUGGUUCGAGGACGGGUCCGUCUCUUCGAUUGGAUCUUUCUUGGAUGACUCGGACUCGGACGACGACGACAAGUCCUUUUGCUCUAACAGUGGUAGUGAAGAAGAAGAAGAAGAUCUCAUGGCGAACCGUGCCCUGGAAGACUCGUUGCACUGUCUCAACACACUCGUGGCCCGCACUCAAAGCAACGCCCGACGAGGCAGCAAGACCAAGAGUCUCUCUCCGACUCGCCCCAGCCUCGGCCACCGCCCUCUGGCCAUGUCGCGCACCAAGCAUAGCCGACGACUGGGCAGUGCCCCCAGCAGCACCAACGCUCUCCCCUUGUUGAACUCUCCCAUGCGCAAGUUCCAAUCCAACACAUCCGACUCGAAUCUCAGCGCCAGUCGAUCCUGCCAUUUGACACGUCGUCGGGUCUCUCAAGCCAAUGCCAAGUGGGAUGCCACUUGCUCCUUGAACAAGAAGCGUCCGGCACUCCAAAUUGGCAGUCUGUAUGGCUCUCGACGCCUGAAUAUAAACCAACUCAUGGUGCCGGAAGAAGCCAUCACGGCGUCCACUGCAGGCAGUGUCGGCAGUCGAGAAACACGAUGGAGUGCAUCGUCGCACACGCAAUCCAGCAUUGUCCGAUGUCCUCGUCGACAGAACAGUCAAGACUCGUUGUAUUCCGGAAGUGGUGCCAGUUGCGAAGGAAGCACCGGACCCAAACGACGUGGACGACGACCCAACAAGCAGGAUGAAGCAGCAACAGCCACAGAGACCACAGCCACUACGAAAGCUGAAACCGAACAAGAAGAGACCAAAGCACGAAGCCUCUCGCCCAUGUUCGCGCCUACGCGAGUUCGCCCUCAGAUUCCGCAUCGACAAAAGUCCUUCAAGCGACAAAGCGCUGCCGUCUCCAUGGACAAUGUCAUCAAGGAUGCCAUGGCGGCCGCGGAGCUUUGUGAACCGAUUGUUCGUGACGCGCCCGUCUUGGCACACUCGCCCAUGUCGGCACCACUCCCAUCAUCAUCAUCACCACAGCAAUCACAAAAGUCGCCCGAUUCGUUGGUCAGUCUAAUGAGUCCCUUUCGCUCCUUGUCGCCACCGCGACAUCGAGCCGGAGGAAUGACCAAGAGUCACACGGCCACUACGGCACUAGAUACAUUUGGACGAAUCGACAAGCUGAAGAAGAAGAAGAAGAAGAGCAAAAAGGAGAAAAACGAUCGACUCGCUAACUGUAGCAGCAUGUCGGAUCUGACCAUGAAAAAGCCAAAGCGAAGAGGAAGCAUGUUGGCGUAA